AGUGUUAGUGUUUCCGGGCAGGAGCAUGGCGCGAAGGCCGGUCGCCUGUGUUGGCAGCAGAUAAACCGAGCACACGGUCCCGGAUUAGCCCGUCACAGGUUUUCAUUGACAAUGUUGGGUGAGAGUGAAUUCCUUAAUUCCCCACCAAGGAAAACUGUUCGAUUUGGUGGAACUGUUUCUGAAACUCUAAAGAAGUAUAAGCAGGGGGAUGCUGCAGAUUAUAAUUUGCUGAUGACUCAGCUAGUUGAUCCCGAAAUAAAGGAUGAUCAAAUAAUCAACUGGCUUCAGGAAUUCCGUGCCUCUGUAACACAACUGACAAAAGAUUUUGAGUAUCUCGUUAGCAAAAUACUGAAGCUGCCAUGGUUAUGUCGAAGUGUGUUGGUGGUUGAGGAAUACUUGGCCUUUUUAAGCAACUUAGUGUCAGCACAGACAGUCUACCUGAGGUCUUGCCUCAAUAUGAUCAUCUCCAAGUUUGUACCAGCGAGAAUCAUUAUCCAAGAAAAUGGUGUGGAUAUCUCGGACUCUGAGGACGAAGAUGAUGAUCUUUCCCGAAAUUUUGACAUCUGUCAUCGAGCUUUGCAGAUGAUAGCAAAAUAUGUACCCUCAACACCACAAUUUUUGAUGCCGAUACUAGCUGAAAAGUUUCCGUAUGUUAACAAAUCCGCCAGAACCCUGGAAUGUUAUGUGCACAAUUUACUAAGGAUCACAAUAUAUUUUCCAGUGUUGCGCCUGGAGAUCUUGGAACUGGUCGUAGAAAAAUUAUUAAAGCUGGAUGUGAAUGCCUCACGCAAUGAUAUUGAAGAUGCAGAAGAAACUGCCGCUGAUAAUGGGCCCUCUUCGUGCAUAGAGGAAGGCCUCUUUGAUAUGGAUGAAGAUGAGAAAACUAAUUUGAUCUUACCGAAUAGUGAUGUGAUGGCUCACCCAGUGGCUGAACGAUUGGACAUUCUGAUGUGUGUUUUGCUGGCCUACAUAAAGGAUGUUUGCUAUGUCAAUGGUGAGUUGAUGAUAACCAGGACAAAAGACUUGUAUCGUGACUUGUUAGUGGUGUUUGAUAAACUGGUUCUACCCACUCAUGCUUCUUGUCAUGUUCAGUUUUUCAUGUUCUACAUCUGCAGUUUCAAGCUGGGACUGGCAGAGGCUUUCCUGGAACAUCUUUGGAAGAUGCUUCAGAAUCCAAAUAAUCCUGCAGUAAUGAGACAAACAGCUGCAAGUUAUAUUGGAAGUUUUCUGGCCAGAGCAUCGUAUAUUCCUCUAGCCACUGUGAAGGCUUGUUUGGAUCUGCUGGUCCCCUGGUUACACCACUAUAUUGACAGCCAAGAUGCCGGAACAAAGGGUUAUUGUGAUGUGGCUCUCCAUGGGUCAUUCUACUCUGCUUGCCAAGCUGUGUUUUACAUCUUCAUAUUCCAUUGCAAACAGUUACUGGAUGGAAAUCUGAAGAAAGGUUUGACAUACUUACAAAAUCUAAAUUUUGAACGUAUAGUAAUGUGCCAACUGAACCCACUGAAAGUUUGUUUACCUUCUGUUGUCAACUUGUUCGCUGCUAUUACUAGGAAGUAUCAGUUAGUCUUCUGCUACACAAUUAUUGAACGAAACAAUCGACAGCUCAUACCAAUUGUCAGGAGUGGUGUUGGAGGUGACUUGGUGCAGGUUUGCACUAAUCCGCUGGAUUGCUUCUUUCCCUUUGAUCCUUAUAUUCUUAAAAGAUCUAAGAAAACCUUUGAAGGUAUUUAUCAGGUCUGGGAGGAUUUAAGCUUUCAGGAUAUUCAGGUUUCACAGAAAAUCACAAAGCAGGAUUCUGCUGAAGAUGAAGAGGAUGAUUUCUUAAAAGGAGAGUCGUUGCACAGUGAGACUUUUGGGAUCAUACCAAAUUCUUUUGAGUCCAAUGUGCAAAGUCCUAACAGCAUGGGUUCUCCUGUUACUUUCCACUGCAUCAGCUCUGAACAACUAUAAAUGAGAUAAAUAUACAAAUUUUCAGAUAUGGCUUCAUAGAAAUAAAAUGGAGGAGUAUCCAUAUAGGAACUUGUUUAUAAUUUUCAUAAAUAGAAGUUGGCUUUUGUCUAGACUAUUUUUAUUUUGUUUUACUAUGCAAAUAUUCAUUAAUUCAUCAAUUGUGUAAAUUUUGUAUAUUUGUGUACAUAGUAAUUUGUACAUGUUUACUAUAUUUUAAAACAAUUUGUCUUUUUUUAAAAAUUAUCUUUGGUUUGGAAGUUGUUUGAUUCUCAAGUUGGGGGUUCAAAUUUAUUUUCUUUCCGGAUUAGGAAAGUCCAGGAAUAUAUGUAGAACCAAUGAUGGCAGUUUCCAAAUAGUAGUGGUUAAACUGCAAUCCCUGUGGCUGAUUUACUCUAAUUAUGACAGGAUUGUUAAUGUUUGAAAUACUUUUCUCUUUGCGAUUUUGGGAAGAGUGGGAGAGAUUGGAUGCAGGGAAGCAAAACCAAUCUCCAUUUUAUUACCCUUUGUUUUCUCGUAGCUAUUCAUCUACUCGAUUUGGCUAUUUUAAACUAAGCAGCUGAUUAGAAGUACAAUUCGUUCAUAGAAGUAAAAAGGAAAAAUUUGAAUGCUGGAAAUCUAAUUAAGAACAAUAGUUGUUUUGAAAAUUAACAAAUUCAUCAACUUUAGAUGAAACUUAACCAAAGCCCAAUAUUCAGAAGUUGCUCUUUCCAGAAUUCUCAAUUUUAAAGUUGGAAUCUUUGCAAAAUGCAUUGAGAAUUGUUUUCCUGUCUGAAUUGUAGCAAAAACUGGAAGUAGAUUAAUAUGUUCUACCAACUGUAAAAUGUAGUGAUCUUUUUUAUUUGUCUGGCUUUAAAUUAUUGCUGUCUUAGUUAACUGCUGCUAAACUAAUGUCUGGUAUUCAGUUUGGGUUACACUUUAGUCAUGAUGUGAUGACAGUGAAUGGAGAUCUUACUCAUGUUUCAGAACAUCCAAGAAUGGCAAAACUUGUUAUUUCUUUGUGUAUUUUGAUGCCAGAAUAAUUUAACCUUUAUGGUUUGCACCACCUCAGUAAAGUGUAUCCUGUUCAUUUUGUUGUCAUUCAUUUAUACCAGGCAGAUACUUGUUUUGUAAAAAAAAAUCUUCAGUUUUCAAAGGUUCAAAUUGUAGAUAUCUGAUUAAAUUUUGCAUUCUCUUGGAUUUGAGUGACUAAUUCAU